UUCUCAAGCUCUCGUUAGGCUAAGCUCUAAGAAAUUUAAAAGAAAGGGUUUGAGUCUUGAAAUAAUAAUCUACAGAUUAUAGUAGUAGGGAGACGGGAAUGAGGGGUUAGAAUAGGGAAGAGCUCGGAUACGGAUACGGAUAUUGUGAUUGUGCGAGAGAGAGAAUGGAUGGGAUGCGCGGGAAAAAUGGAGAUGGGAUGGUGGGGGAAGGUGAGGUGAGGUGUGAGGGUGAGGGUGAGGUGAGGGUGGUGAAGGUGAAAAUGAAAUGGAUGAUGAUGGAUGGGGAUGGAAUGGAUGGAAUCAACUGGAGGUGUCAAAAUGAAUCACAUUCGGAUGAUGGACUUGGUGAUGAGGAAGAGGACGCUCUUAUACUGAAUGCGCAGGAAGAACCACACACGGAGUUGGCGAUAAAUACUAACACAAAUAUGGAAAUGGAAAUAGACAUGGAUAAAGCACAAGCUUGGAAUCUUUAUCUGAGUCAUCUUUUAUCGACAUGGAAUGGGAGGAGUUAUGAAUUUGCUGCUGUAAGUUAUGCGACAUGGGGUCUCGAUGAAUAAACAUGCUAAUGGUUUUCGAUAGAUUAUCUUCACAGCAAAUGCGUGGCCUGAUACUCUGUUUGCUGCUUCUAUACGGUAUGUUUUCUCAUUUUUGCGCAAUCGGGGACAUGGAAAACAGAGAUGAGAGAAUUUAUAUCACGUGAUUAAGACUGACUUACUUUGAUAGAGGUAUCGUGAGAACUUUAGCAUCGAUUUGCUUCUCUUCGAGUGUUGGAAGAUGGGUUGAUAAAAGUCCGGAUCGAUUAAAAACACUCUUAACUACGAUUACUAUUAAUAGAAUUGCAGUGAUUUGCGCUUCUAUAUUAUGGUUUUUUGUGGUAGAAUCAGAGAGCAGUAGCGACGAGGGUAUGUCGCCUGGGCUUACAAUAGAGAACAUGACUGUUAGAAAUGCAGUUAAGAUUUCUAUGUUCGCGCUAAUUCUUGGUUUUGGAAUCCUUGAAGGAUUAAGCGCUAAUGGGAAUAUGUUAUCGAUGGAGAGAGAUUGGGUGGUGGUUGCUGCUGCUCCAGAAGGAAAGGGAUAUGAUCUUACUCAUUUAAAUUCUACCAUGAGGAGGAUUGAUUUAUGUUGUAGACUUCUCGCACCGAUAUUAAUCUCGUUCUUGGUCUCGACAUUAGGAAUCAAAAUUGGAGUGGUGCUUGUGGGUGGUAUGAAUGCUGCAACUUGGGGAGUGGAAAUGUGGUGUGCUAGGAGAGUUUGGAAAUCUAAUACCCGAUUACAAAUGCGGAAAGAUAUUGGACAUGAUGAAGUAUCUUCCAAUGUCCAGGUACGGAGUUUGAUAGAAAAGAUCGCUCGAGGUGUUCGAUUGUAUAGGGAAGACUUCCAAAAUUACUUUUCGUCAAAAGUAUGGAUUCCUUCGUUAUCUCUUUCUUUACUUCAUCUUUCGGCACUUUCAUACGGAGCGACAUUUAUUACUUUUCUUUUGAAUGUCGGGUUUUCUUUGGAUGUUAUCACGUUGGCAAGAGCAGUAGGAAGUGUAUUUGAAAUUAGUAGUACGGUUGUAACUCCUUUUGGAGUUCGACAUUUGUCAAAGGCUCGUGGACAUGGUCAAUAUGAUCGUUUAGAUCGAUCGGAUGAUUCUGAUGAAUCUUUAUUGGAAGAGGAACAUGAGAUUGAUGAAUCGGGAAGAGUUGCGACAGGAUUGGAACGAUUAGGUCUUUGGGGUCUUUCAUGGCAACUUAUCAACCUUGUAUGCAUCCUUCAUUUCAUUCACUUUAACAUACUGACUUAACCCAGAUACCCGUUACAUUAAUCCUCUGGACACUAUCUUCUAUUGUUCCUACCAAUUCCAUCCCUACCCUACUACCUCGCAUCAUUCCGUCAACCAAUUCAAUACUUCUUCCCCUUCUUCUUUUUACCACCCUCUCCUUUUCACGUCUCGGUCUUUGGAUCUUCGACCUCACUACUCAACAACUAACUCAAACUCUUGUCACUCCUACUCAGCGAUCAUCAUUUACCGGAUGCGAAUAUUCUCUCGUUGCUUUCUUCGAAUUGGGUAAUAAUGUCAUGGCGAUGGUUUGGUCAAGGCCGGAACAAUUCAAAUGGGUGGCUCUUGUGAGUUUAGCCGCUGUAGGUUUAAGUGCGGUUAUAUAUGCUGGUUGGGUGAGAAGUGUGAGGGGACAUUUAGUACAUUGGGAGAGGGUUUGUAGAUGUACUAAGAAAUGCGGGAGGGGAUGAAAUUAUAAGAAAUGAUGAUAUGAUAUCAUGAAAAGGUCAGUGUUAUUCCUCGCCUACUAGUGUAUUUUACUGAAUAUCGAAACUGUUGGAUAUCCUAUACAGCCAUUGUGCAACCUUCCCACACAGGCUCGAAUUCGAAACUCGGAAGUUACUGAAAAGCAACCAAGUAUCACGAAUCCCAAUGACAGUGUCUCUAAUCUCAAUAGUCAGAUCUCUGAAUUAGUUCUACAAGACAUUCAGCCCCACAUUCGUACUACUUAUUUGA